AUCCCUGCUCCCUCCUGGUUAAUCGAUAACUGUUAUCGGACAUGUAGCCGGCGAAUGUGUUUACCUUUGUUUACAAAACAUUUGAACUUCUUGUAGCUGCCUUCAAAAAUGAGUGACAUGGAAUCGAGCGCUCAGAAGCCUUCAAAUGAGGUCGACUCCUUAAAAAUUUCCGAAUUGGAUGUGGGCAGUGAUAUGUUUAAUCCUCUUCGAGCAUUAUACGAACCCAAUUUUAGGGUGACCGAUGCAGUUCCAAAGGUCCUCUACCAAAAUCUGGCUGCCUUUGAGAGUGCACUGAAAAAGUUUGGAAUCUGGCAGCUAAAUAAGCGCCAAAAGCCGGGAUCUGAAGACGGAGGAGAUCAGGGGACAUCGAAAAAGGCUUCGAACAGCAGAUCUACAGAUGUCCUGGCUCCCCAGCGACGCUUUGAGCCGCACCAGAUGCCCGUCACCAGCGCAAGAAAGAAGCAUCAUCGAAAUAUUUUCACCUACAUGAAGGCAGCUGUUGGUCCACUGGAACUCCUAACGAAGAGCAUACCCUCUACUAGCCACUUUGAAUCCACCGAAACUAAACGAGUGCGGGUGGUGAUUCGCAAACACGGAUCAGUGGGCGGCAGUGUCGAGGGUGAACUGGUUGCCUUUGACAAGCAGUGGAACCUACUCCUCAGAAAGGCUACCGAAACCUGGAAGCGAAGAAAGUACAAUUAUGGAGAGCAGAAUAUAUGCGACACACCUGUUGAUUGCACCGGCCGCCUCAGGGAGUUGGGUAUCACUCUUCCCAGGACUCAAGUCAAAAGUCUGAACCGGAAAAACGUGGAGAUUCGGCGAGAACUCCCACAGAUUUUAAUACGCGGCGAGAAUGUUGUUUUAGUUAUUUUAAUACCGAAUCUAGCAAAAUAGUGUAUAGCUUUAUAAGUCACCUCAAAAAAAA